CCCGCCCAGCGGCGCCCGCUUCCAAGAUGGCGGUGACGAUGCCUGCCAGGCUGUCGGGGUGGCGGUGACGACGGGAAGCAGAAGAGCAGCUAGUCCCAGGAUCACUGUUGGAGUGCUGGAUGGAGACUUGCUCUGUCCUCUGUGACAUUUCCAAUUUAGAUAAUGCCUCACAUCUCUGCCCCCCCGGGACCCCCUGAAGUCCCCAUGAUCCCGAAGAAGACAGCUUGAACCUAGAAUUCUCCUCUCUCCUUCCGUAGACCUGAGCCCAGGAUGUUGCGGAGGCUGCUGGAGCGGCCCUGCACACUGGCCCUGCUGGUGGGCUCCCAGCUGGCUGUCAUGAUGUACCUGUCACUGGGGGGCUUCCGAAGCCUCAGUGCCCUAUUUGGCCGAGAGCAGGGGCCGACAUUUGACUAUUCUCAUCCCCAUGAUGUCUACAGUAACCUCAGUCACCUGCCUGGGGCCCCUGUUGCCCCAGGGGCCCCUCCAGCUCCUCAAGGUCUACCCUACUGUCCAGAACGAUCUCCUCUUUUAGUGGGUCCUGUGUCCGUGUCCUUUAGCCCGGUGCCAUCACUGGCAGAGAUCGCGGAGAGGAACCCCCGGGUGGAACCGGGGGGCCGCUACCGCCCCGCGGGGUGUGAGCCCCGCUCCCGCACGGCCAUCAUCGUGCCGCACCGGGCCCGGGAGCACCACCUGCGCCUGCUGCUCUACCACCUGCACCCCUUCCUGCAGCGCCAGCAGCUCGCUUACGGCAUCUACGUCAUCCACCAGGCUGGAAACGGAACAUUUAACAGGGCCAAGCUGCUAAACGUUGGGGUGCGGGAAGCCCUGCGUGAUGAGGAGUGGGACUGCCUGUUCUUGCACGACGUGGACCUCCUGCCCGAGAACGACCACAAUCUGUAUGUGUGUGACCCCCGGGGACCCCGGCAUGUUGCUGUUGCCAUGAACAAGUUUGGAUACAGCCUCCCGUACCCCCAGUACUUUGGAGGAGUCUCGGCGCUCACUCCUGACCAGUACCUGAAGAUGAACGGCUUCCCCAAUGAAUACUGGGGCUGGGGUGGUGAGGAUGACGACAUUGCUACCAGGGUGCGCCUGGCUGGGAUGAAGAUCUCUCGCCCCCCCACGUCUGUGGGGCAUUACAAGAUGGUGAAGCAUCGUGGUGAUAAGGGCAACGAGGAGAACCCGCACAGAUUUGACCUCCUGGUCCGUACCCAGAAUUCCUGGACACAAGAUGGGAUGAACUCGCUGACAUACCGAUUGCUGGCUCGAGAGCUGGGUCCUCUCUAUACCAACAUCACAGCAGACAUUGGAACUGACCCUCGGGGUCCCCGGACUCCCUCUGGUCCCCGUUACCCACCUGGUUCCUCCCAGGCCUUCCGUCAAGAGAUGCUGCAGCGCCGGCCCCCAGCCAGGCCCGGCCCUCCGCCUACUGCCAACCACACAGCCCCCAACGGUUCACACUGACUCGUCCUGCCUGCCCACCUCAAUCAUGAAACCGAAUCAGACGGGUUGUACUCUCCCCACCCUCAGGUCCUCACUGCUCUUAGAGGGAUGUGGGGGGACGCAACUCCAGGGCUGGAGGCCGGGGCCUCUCCUCACUGCUGGACUGGAGCUGGGCUCCUUCAGACCUGGGGGGUCCCUCUUUCUAGGGUCACCUGCCAGGGCUUAUGACUGUGAAUCCUUGGUGUCAUGAUUUUAUGUGGUGACUCCUGAGAGUCGCUGGCCCCUGGGUAAGAGCAGGGCUGGACCCCACGUCCCUUCCUCUUCCACGGAGAGAAGAGUGAUCUGGCUUUUCCCGGGACCUCUGUGAAUAUUUAUUCUAUUUAUGGUUCCGAGGAAGUAUGUUUGGUGAAGGAAGCCCCUCCCUGGGUACUUUCUGCCAGUGCUCGAGUAGCUUCCUCUUCUGGACCUGGCUCAGGGGGCUGGGAUUUUGAUAUAUUUUCUAAUAAAGGACUUUGUCUUGCCUCUG